GCACUGUGUGUGUGAGAGAGUAUGAAUGUGAGAACAAUUACAGUUUUUGACUCCACAAAGUUUUAAGUUCUUACCAAUACCUUCAGUGAAGUUCACAACGUAAGAUGGAAUAAGCACUAAGCUGUGAAAUAGUGCACUGAACUGUUCACAAAAAUUAGGUUUUAGAACAAAGAUACCUUUAAAAAAGUAAGUUUACUGGAAAAUUAGGACAGCCACAUUUUUUUGUCCAUAUUCCAGGUUUUGUGGGUUAUUUUGGAGCUUUUUACAGAAAAACUCAUGGCAAUUAUUUGCACAGUUAGAGCAGGUGUCCUCCUGGACUACUACCACUGAUGCCCAAGCAACAGAAGCUCAGUGGCAGGCUGGUGUGGGUGUACGUACCCUCUCACAGGCUAACAAGCCUGAGAAAGACAAAAAGCCUAGGAUAAAGCCUUGCACAAUUCUAGCAUGUUUGGGAGCAUAUCAUCUCCUUGUAUUUCAAGCUGGAAGACUCUUCUGGAGUCAAAACUUUUGCAAACAUCUUUUUAAUAAAAGAAGUAAGAUUCAUUCUUUAAUUCUUCACCCUUUUUCCUUCUCCCUGCAAAACCAGUAGGAAAAAACCCACAUAUUUUUAGCAACUAAAUUUAAAUGAAAUCACUUGUGAGCAGACCCAGAGAUUUUUAUUAAAACCAAAGUAGGAUUGGCAUCUAAUGUAAUAUUUCUUUGUUGUAAUCUUAUGCAUUUAUUGUGAGUGAAGGAAACAGUUUCUAAAUGAGGGGUCAAAUUCAGGUUCUGGUGAAAUCAGAUUCUAAAUCCACGCUCCUGACAGUGGGACCAGAAUUUGCACGGAGUCCACUAUACCAAUAGGAAGAAAACUCUUUAGUUCAAACGUGUUUAAACCAGAGAUUUAAUCAACCCACUGCCACAAACUCCCUAGGAAAGGAGGAGAUUUUGAUUGUACUUACAGAAGCACGAAUUUUAGAACCAUAUGCUAAAAUCUGGAGGAUGUUUGUUGUCCUAGGUGAAAUCCUGAAACCUUUCAAAACAUUAUGUUUAGUGAGUUGCUUUCAAACUCUGUGGUAUUUUUUCUAAGGAUUCACUUUGCUGAGGUUUAUCCCAGUGAGACUGUGAGAUGCCAGAGGCCCAGAUGAGACUCUUGUUAGAUCCAGAGCCGCUCUUCUUAUCCACCAGCCACUUUGCCUUGGAUAGAAGCAGGCUCGGGGGCGAGCAUAUCGAUACUGAAAGACCUCCACCUGCUUUGCGUGGUUAAGGUAACAGUAUUAUUCUCAAUUAAACUUUUAAGUGCUGCUUUAAGAGACCGUGAGGGAGCUCUCCUGGUGCAACGUUUCCUCCAAACCAGCUCUUCCCGCUGCCCCUUGUCCUUUCCCCGAGCCGCCGGGCCCCGCGGAGGCAGGGAAGGGGUGACGGGCCCCGUUCCCCCUCGGAGCAGCACUUUUUCUGGUCGGAGCGGCCCCAGUCCGUCGGCGGGGCGCUCCCCUCCGGGGACGCAGCGGGACGAGCCUCCCUGCGCUGGCGGGGGCGGGCGGGCGCGGACGGGGCGGCGGCGGCCGCCGGGGGAAGGAGGGGGCUGGCGUCAGGCGCUGGGCAGCCACUGGCACGGGAGCUCCCCCCUCGCCUCGCCUCCCGCGGCGGGGGAUAAAGGCACCUGGCCCGGCGCUCUGCGCCGCCGGAACGGGGAGGCGGCGGCGGCGGCCGAGCGGGCGUGCGGAGGUCGGGCCGGGCCGGACCGGGCCGGGCCCCGCCGCGCAGCCCCCUCCAUGCGCCUCGCCGGCGGCGCAGGCUCCUCCCGGGCGGCGCCCUCGCCCGGGAACGGCAGCCGGUGGCGGGAGACGGAGCCCGGCGGCGGCAGCAGCCCCAGCCCCGAGGCGUGGUCGGGGUCGCCCAACGGCAGCCUGGACGGCUGGGACCCUUUCGGGCGGGACGAGGAGCUGGCGAAGCUGGAGAUCGCCGUGCUGGCGGUCACCUUCGCCGUGGCGGUGGUGGGCAACGGCAGCGUGCUGCUGGCCCUGCGGCGCACGCCCCGCAAGGCGUCCCGCAUGCACCUCUUCAUCCGGCACCUCAGCCUCGCCGACCUGGUGGUGGCCUUCUUCCAGGUGCUGCCCCAGCUCUGCUGGGAGGUGACCCACCGCUUCCACGGCCCCGACGGGCUCUGUCGCGUCGUCAAGCACCUGCAGGUCUUCGGCAUGUUCGCGUCGGCGUACAUGCUGGUGGCCAUGACCGCCGACCGCUACAUCGCCGUCUGCCACCCGCUGAAGACGCUGCAGCAGCCCACCAAGCGCUCCUACGGGAUGAUCGCGGCGGCCUGGGCGCUCAGCCUGCUGCUCAGCACCCCGCAGUACUUCAUCUUCUCCCUCAGCGAGGUAGAGCGCGGCUCGCAGGUAUACGACUGCUGGGCGCACUUCAUCAUGCCCUGGGGGCCCCGAGCCUACGUCACCUGGAUCACCGGCGGCAUCUUCGUCGCGCCCGUCCUCAUCCUCGUCACCUGCUACGGCUUCAUCUGCUACCACAUCUGGCGCAACGUCCGAGGCAAGACGCGCCCGGGGGAGGUGGCAGCGGGCGGCGGGCGGCGGGCGGGCGGUGGCGGCCCUCGGCGGGGGCUGCUGCUCGCCCCCUGUGUCAGCAGCGUCAAGACCAUCUCUCGCGCCAAGAUCCGCACCGUCAAGAUGACCUUCGUCAUCGUCUCGGCGUACGUCAUCUGCUGGGCGCCCUUCUUCACCAUCCAGAUGUGGUCCGUCUGGGACCAGCGCUUCCCAUGGGUCGAUUCUGAAAACACCGCGACUACUGUCACGGCUCUGUUGGCCAGUCUGAAUAGUUGCUGUAACCCCUGGAUCUACAUGUUCUUCAGCGGGCACCUCCUGCAAGACUGCAUACGAAGCUUCCCUUGCUGCCAAAAAAUAAAGCAGACGCUGAGUAAAGAAGAUUCGAACAGCAACAGCAGGCGACAGACUUCAUAUACCAACAACAGGAGCCCAACCCACAGCCUGAACACCUGGAGAGAGUCUCCGCACUCCAAAUCCACCAGCUUCAUCCCCAUCCCAACCUGAGACAGGCCCCAGGGCAGGCCGGGCUUGGAGCCCCGUGACAGCGCUUGGGAAGGCCACACACAGCACCUUGUGCUGGGCAAAGGCACCCUUCAUGGCAACAAGGAGUGACUAAGAUGGCUAUGAGACACAACAGGCUGUGUUACUCAGUAAGCUAUUCUGCAGCAUGUAAAUUAUUUUCUGAAAGGUAUUUAGGACUUGGGCAACUGAUCAGGAAGGUGUGACAACAAUAAAGCAAUUAUUUUUCUAAAUAGAAUUUAUUAUUUUAUUUUAUUGUUUCUAAAAUACUUGCUAAGUGCAUUUUUUGCUUGUUGUGCAAAGCAGUGAAAAUAGUGGAGUUGGCAUGUGUUGAGGUAACUCCGCUCUGUAGUGUUAAUGCCUAAAACUUCUUAUGAUUGUCCGAUAAGUCACAGGUAAAGAAGAUAAUAUGAACAAGAUCACAAUUUAGUCUUGAACACAAAAAGAAAAGAGUUGGGAGAAAGUCCUGAAUGUCCAGAUAAGCAAUAUGGUUAGACAGUCUGUGAGUUAUUUAGAAUUUAAUUGAUCAUGCUCCUUUGUUUUGUAAAGGUCUAACAAUUCUCAGUUAAUUAAAUUUAAUGGCAUUUGUGAAGGCAAAUCCUUCAGUGCUGUCAAUGUCUGUAUGUGUAAUGCGGAGUUUCAUUUUUGGGGUGACAUUUUGUCCUCUAUGUUGGUGAAAGUUAUACAGCAUUUUUUGGUGUGUGUUGUUGCAUCUACCUUGAUUUUUUUUUUAAUUAAUUUAAAAAAUGUAUUGUUAAAUAAGUGUGAUAAGCUAUGACUAGCUCAGUGCUUUUACAAACACAUACACCACGAAAGCUCAUCAUCACUAUGAGAACCACUUGCUUAAUGGGUAAGAGUUGCAUCUUUUUUCUUCACUAAGACAGCUAAGAUCGAGCCACACUUGGUUGUCAAGCAAAUAGCCUCAUAAAUUUGGGCAAUGUGACUAUUUGGUAAGAGCUGAAGAAUCAAUAUAUUCCAAGACACACAUUCCAGAAUCAAUCUUACAGGUCCUCUGGGAAUACAUGAAAAUUGUCAGUGUUGUUGGUUUGUUUUUGUUUGUUUGGGUUUUUUUUUUGGCAGAUCAUGACAAUAUAGGCUUUGAAACUGGCAGUAAACUGCAAGUAGAAGUCAUCACACCCCAUGUACUAAUUGUAAAGAAUUCGAGGUGUGCUUGUUUUCACUACAAUGCAUGCCAAGUCCGAUGUAGUUCCUAUAGCUUGUAAAUAAUCCUGUUAGGUCUUUGUGCAGAGUCUGUCUUUUACUGGAGAUGGGGUUUUGAAGCUCCUUGAGUAAGUGGUGCAGUCCUGAGGAUCUCUUUGAGAAAUACAGCUACCUGUCUGCUCCUGAGCUCUCUGGAUCCUGAAAUGCAGGCAUUCCCCUGGCACUGUGCAGGACUUCUGUUGUAGUCUCAGCUGGUUCUCUAGAAAAUGACUGGGACAUGUGCAGGGCUGUGUAACAUGCAUGCUUGUAUUUGCAAACAGGGAGCUCAAAAGCAGGUUUCUCUUUCUCACCAAAACCAGACGAACAAGCUGAUUGCUUUCCUAAUUGCUUGAGGAGAGAAAAAGAUGGGAUCACAACUGUGGCUUUGACUGAGGAUGGUGCUGGCCCCAUGCCUCUUGCAAUACUGGCAGCAGAAAUUAGUGGAACUAGACGCCAGAUGAGACCAUGUUCAACCUGGCGUCCAGUCUGGAGCUUCCAGACAUAUCAGUGACUGUUCCAGGCAAAGAACAGGGAAGAAUAUAGCUCAAAAAAAAUUAGUUUUUGUUAACAUGAAAGAAAAUCUGAGCUCUUCUCCUACAUUUCUUGUUAUAAUUUUCUGCUCUUCAGGAGAGCAAUCUGGCCUGAUGUUUUAUUGUUGUUGUUGUCCACUACACUGGAACCCAAAGGAUAGCAUGGUGAAACAGCUUAUAUUUAACAGACUUUUUGACCACCUUUAGUACACAGAUGUGACUACAGCUGUCACCAGUCAUGGGUGAAGGUUUCAUGAAACUGAAGUCAUAUUUUAGUCAAAAAAAAUGCAUGCCAUGGCACUGGGUGUGUGAGUAUUUGUGGCCAUUGUAUGUACUGCAUAUAUUUUGCAAGUAGGUAAUUCACAGUUACUGAAAUUGCAAGUGUUUCAAAUUAAGUACACUAUCCUUUGUCUAGUUUUCUAUUUGUGUAACUACUUUCUUUGUACAUAAAAUAUAUAUUAAAAAGCAAUUAGCUGUACUAACAGAAUGUUCAUGUUUGCGGAAUUGAAUUAUUUUUCUAUUACACUUUGUAUUCAAACAGAGAAGAUGAUGAGAAAACAAAUGUAGAAUAACAUUGAUUGUAAAACUGAGCUGGAUAAUGACCAAUAUAUAUGAAAAAGUAAAGAGACUUAAAACUACAAUUUUCAGUUUCUUCCAAAUAUGCUACAAAAUCUAGGCUUACACUUGGGACUUGUCAUUAUAAAUGUACUAUGUGAGUGUUCUACAGUUUCUGUAAUUAAAUAAUUGACAACAGUAUUUAACAGUAUUUGAAUUUCAGGCAUUUUUUAUAAAUACCAAAUUUUGCUUUUUCACAUAAUUGUAACAUGAGAAGAUACAGCACAUAUUUUUUUUAUUGUCCAUCAGUAGAGAUACAUUUUGGGUUUUUUUUUGUCUUUUAUUUAACAGCUACUUUGGUUAUUUUGAGGGCACACUAAUGAAAACAGAAGGAAACAAGAAAUUGUGAAGCUACUGCAUGUUUAGAACAUGGAAACUUGCUCUAAUAAACCUAUAUAUUUGUUUGAUGAGAA